GAUGGAAGUUUUGCUGUUUUUGCGAAAAAUUGUACGUGGUAGCCGAAAGGCAAACGUCGCAAUGAAAACAUCUACUUCAGCGUACCGUUGAACCGCCACGCUACUAGUAGCUCAGAAAGUAUGAGCAAGUUCAACGCGUUGCGGCUUGCGUGAUAUCCACGAACAGCAAUGGUUUAAAAAUGUGUAUUGUGAAAUUACACUGAGAUUGAUUCUUAUGACAGAAUAUUCCGGUCAAAAUCAAAAUGAAUCCCGCCAUCAGGCCAGCGAUGCAAGUGGCAGCAGCUGGCUGACUUACGCCUUGGAUACCACAGUUGCGACUGCGAGUAUUCCUCAGAACUCCAGUUAUUCACACGAUGGGAUAUAUAGUGCCGCCCAAAUUGACACUGUUAAUUACAUUUUUGCUUGGAUGUAUGUUUGCCUGUUGGUUCUCUGCACCGUUGGCAAUGGGCUGAAUUUAACUGUGCUGCUACGGAGUGUAAAAACAUGGAGAAUGUCCGCUUGUCACUACAUGAUCGCCACCGCCGUGGCCGAUCUGGGUUCUUUGUGGUUCGCGCUUCCGUUUUUCUUACACCUACUAAGCCGAGGUCAGACUGAAUACACACCGUCGGUUGCUUUCGGCAUUGUCCCAUGGAUGGAUGACGCCAGCAUGUGGCUGUCCGAUUGGAUACUUGUAAUGUUUUCAUGGGAGCGUUUACUUGUUAUCCUCUGUCCGUUUCACUUCCGCAGCCUGCAGCGUGUAACCGUGGCCCGCAUUGCCAUUCUCAUCUUGCUGGUGCUGUCGCUGUCAUUUAAUAUGGUUAAUUUUGUGGUUAACUACGAAGAUCCACAUAACCACAUGAUCGGCGCGAGGUACGGCUUCGAUUCUGACGGAUCUUUAUCUUGGAUCCGGCAAUGGUUUGCCUUCCACGCAAAAGCCAUGAUUAUUGUGCGUCUGCUGACUUUUUUAUUAAUCCUUAUACCAAACUGCAUUCUCAUCGGUUUCCUGGCAUACUAUCGCCAAACGGAAAUCAACACAAUGCGGGUUACUCCUAAUGCCCGUAAAGAGUCAUGCGUAUCGCCGACUAGAAGCGCCCAGAACAGCAUUAACGUCAUAUUGCUCAGCAGCGCCGCAUUGUUUUUGAUAACACGCGCGCCACAAACGUUUCAGAUGUGCGCUGUGGCAGCCAACAGCAAAAUCGGGCUGUAUAAUGCCGACGAUUCCGUUACGCAUAUCACGGAUGAUUUUAUCAAUCUCGCUGUGCUCAUCGGUUAUACCAUGAAUUUCUACGUGUACCUCCUUACCGAGCGUCAGUAUCGAGAGCGUUUCAUGGCGGUCGUUGUUCGCCCACUGUUUUCCUGUUGCGUUAGAACACUGCCAUGGCAUGACGAAGAAAGCUAUGGCGUGGAAGAGUGCAGUCCCACCGCCUCGGCGACGGCAGUCUAACGUCCUACCGUUUUUACGGUGCUGGACAGAGCCACCAGAGUCCAGAAUAGGUUUUUGCACUUUUUGAAGUAUUAACUCCUUUGACUAUGGUGCUACAGUAUUUUCAGAUUAUCCUACAUGUUUGCAUUAAGCUUAUUUCGAUUGCGCGAAGCCAUAAGUAACAUUCGGAUACUUGUUUAGUACUGCCGGUUUGUGCUUCAUUUCACUUACCGAGCGCAAGAUUACCUCCAAUCUGUUCGAACCUUUGCAAAAAUAAAAUCAUCAACCAAGGAAGGUCGAAAAAUGUUGGAAAAAAACCAACCAAAAAUGAAAUACACGAUAAAAAC